CUUCUGGAGGGGCCCAGCUCGGUCUUGUCCUGUUGGCUGCGCGGCGUUUCUCGGGGUGGGCUGCGGGCGAGAGGGAGCGCAGGUGCCACAGGCAGGGGAAGCGGCUUUGUGGGGAGUGUCCCUUGGAGAGCCGUCUCGUUGAGGGAGCGGGGCUGCGCUGUUUUCCCCGCGGGACAAGGGGUGCGGGCCUCUGUUCCGUGGCGUCCGUGUGUUGAGGAGCUGCCCCCCCAUGACGAGAUGGGCUCGCCGAAGCGGCGCUCCCAGCGAAAAGGCACUGGAUGCGACCCCCUGGGAGGAUAUGGAGGGGCAGGGCCGCCCAGGCCCUCUUCUCCUGAAGAAGGAGCAAGAGAAGAGGAAGAAGAAGAAAAAGUACUACCAGAACGAAGAUGUUAACGGGUUUGCGGCGUUCCUGAAGCAGAGCUCGGGGAGUGACGAGGUGGCCGGAGCAGACAGCGCUGAGCUGGAGAAGGAGGUAGCGAUAGCCUUGAAGAAGGACAAGCGACGGGAGGGGAGGAGGCUGAAGAGGCAAAAAAUGAAGAAAAAUGCCAUGGUAUGUUUCCACUGUAGAGGACCUGGCCAUGGUGUUGCUGAUUGUCCUGCAGUACUUGAAAGUCAAGAUAUUGGUACAGGAAUUUGUUACCGAUGUGGAUCCACAGAGCAUGACAUCAGCAAAUGCAAAGCAAAAACAGAUCCAGCGAUUGGGCCAUUUCCAUAUGCAAAAUGUUUCAUCUGUGGUGAGAUGGGGCAUUUGUCAAGGUCAUGUCCAGAUAAUCCCAAGGGAUUGUAUGCUGAAGGUGGUGGCUGCAAACUUUGUGGCUCUGUGGAGCACUUCCGAAAAGACUGUCCAGUAAAACAGAAUGCAGACCAGGUUACGGUUGCGCGAUGGGCCACUGGGAUGAGCGCAGAUUACGAAGAAAUCACAGAAGCACCAAAGCUGCAAAAACCAAAAGUGAAAGUACCCAAAGUUGUGACUUUCUGAAAGCUUUUUGGCUCUAAAUCACUUUGCCUGCACUGCUUCACUUCAGAGUAGGGACUACACAGACUGGGUUGCUGAUUCCAGAAAAUCAAACUUGACUGCUGCUGCAAAAUUAUGUUGCCUUUUUUUUUUUUUUUUUUGUCCCCCCCUCAUUUUUCGAUUUGCCUGCCAGACUUACCCAGCAUACUGCAAAGCUGCAAACCACAGAAAUACAGUAAGUGGGUAUUUUACUUUCGUAUAUCUCUGCCAAAAUACAGCAUACCCUCUGACUGCCAGAUUUCUGAAGAGGGAAAUUGGCUGCUUCUUGGGACAGGGAUCUGGCUGCAGUAACCAACAGGGCAUGUGUGUUCUGUCACAGGGGCUUAUGACUGGUGGAUUUCUGUGGUCAGCUUUGUUACCUUAAGAGGGCUAGUUUACUUUACCAGAGAUGAACACAAUUAUGCUGAUCUUACCAAGAGUAUUUAUUUCUCUGAGAAGGGUUGUGCAUAUUCACUGAAGAGCCUUCUUCUUUUAGAGAAAAUUGAUCCUUUUUCUGUGUAUGCCAGCCUGAACAGUCCUGUGUUGAAGGUACCAGGUAAACCCGACACCCUGUUUAACUUCUGUGUAAAAUUCCCACUACUCCAUGCAUUAACCUGAUUGCUCACACGUGCUGGAUUGUUUGAGUGUUUGUUCAAUUAGUAGAAACAGAAUCAUGCCCUUCCUGUGAUAUCUGUGGUGGAUACCUGGAAGGAGUUGGAGAACAAGCGAGG